UAGAACGUAUAAUAGUGGAUAUGUGUUGAGGGAACAAGAGGCUUCUGAAUGCAGAGGGGCUUGUGGAGUGAGAAGCUUGGUUGAACUGAUCGACGACUCAUUCGUGCGAGGAAGUGGAACGCUGAAGAUUAUUCCUGUGGAAGCAAUGGGCUCUGUUGGAGAGGUCUCUGCUAGGCACAGGCGUUCUAGGAGUGAUUCAGACAAGAGAAUAAGGACGGACAAACCGGAUGUAUCGGUCAAAUCAUUUCAUCAUGUUAGGAUGGAUGUGGAAGAAGUCGGCCAAGCUGAGAUCAAGAAAGGGCCUUCACCUAACUGUGAGGUUGAAAGCUCUCUCAAGAAAGAGAUUCAACAACUUGAGAAAUGCCUCAAGGAUCAGUUUGUUGUGCGACAAGCUCUAGAAAAAGCGUUGCGGCACAAGAGUUCUGCCAUUGAUACAUCGAUUGAUGGUUAUAUUCCAAAGCCAACCAAGGAGCUAAUAAGGGAGAUUGCGAUGUUAGAGUUAGAGGUUGUGCAUUUGGAACAAUAUCUUCUAUCACUCUACCGAAGAGUCUUUGAACAACGUAUAUCAAAUGUAUCUCCCACUGCUGUUGAAGAUGUAAAGAAGCAUCAACUGAUUUCCCAGUCAAUGCCAUUUCCAGAAGCUGCAACACAUGAUAUCCCAUUCAGAAAAGCCGAAUCAGCAUUUCAGUCAAGUCAUAUUCUUCUUCCACGAAAAUCAGCAAACAAGUUAUGCAAUGAAGCUUGUCCUGUUAAUUGUCAAGAGAAGCAUGGUCGUGGCAUUCACCGCAGCCAUUCAUCACUAGUGCCACGCUCAGUAUGUUCAGCUAAAGGGUCACGUUCGGCAAAGAAUCUAGCUCGAGCUCUCGGGGCAUGCCAUACUCUACCUUUAUCGUUACUUAAACAUGGACAAGACUUCAAUUCAGGGGUAACAAGGCUGGCAGAUCAUCUUGGAACAACAAUUGCUGAUCACAUUCCUGAGACACCAAACAAACUAUCUGAAGACAUUAUCAAGUCCAUGUGUGCCAUCUAUUGUAAACUUUCAGAUGACCAUGUUGGGCAUCACUGUGUCACAUCUUCACCUACUUUGUCCUUCUCAUCAAGGAAUACAUUUUCUCCCUGUUAUAUGAAAGAACUGCAGAGCCCUUAUUGUAAAAGAGAAGGCGUCCUUGAUGCAUGGUUGGAGAAUUCUUGCUGCACUGAAAGAUUAAAGGAUUUCAGUGGACCUUACAGUGUGAUGGUAGAGGUGUCUUCAAUAUGCAAGCACAGCCGAAGGUCUAGUGAUCUUGACGAAAUGCUGCAGAAUUAUAAAUUGCUUGUUCAGCGAUUGGAAAUGGUUGAUCCGAGAUCGAUGAGCAAUGAUGAAAAGAUUGCUUUCUGGAUUAACAUACACAAUGCAAUUAUGAUGCAUGCACAUCUGGAAUAUGGGAUUCCAGGAAGCAACAUAAAAAAGGCAUCCUUACUAAUCAAGAAUAUAUACAAUAUAGGUGGUCGCAUGAUAAAUGCAGACAUAAUACAGGGCUCAAUACUUGGAUGCCGAAUGCAUCCUCCUGGGCAGUGGCUACGGUUAUUACUCUUCUCACAAGUAAAGAUCAAAGAUGGUGAUGAGUGGAAAACCUAUGCCAUCAAGAAUCCUGAACCUCUGAUACGCUUUGCACUUUGUUCAGGAGGCCAUUCAGAUCCCGCGGUUAGAGUGUUCCAUCCAAAGAGAUUGUUCCAUCAGCUGGAAUCUGCAAAGAUGGAGUACAUCCAUGCAACUGUGACCGUUCGAAAGGGAUACAAGAUUCUUCUGCCAAGACUUAUCGAUUUCUUCGCGAAGGACUCCAAUCAAUCUACUCAAGAAUUACUGGACAUGAUCAAGUGCUAUCUUCCCGAGAGGUUGAGGUUGGUGAUCAACGGAUGCCAUGAAAGCAGCUGCCGCAAGAUCAUCGAGUGGGUGCCUCACAACUUCUCUUUCAGGUACUUGUUGCCAAGAGAACUUGGAAAUGCUCAGCUGAACUGAUGCCAUCCAGCAUGUACAGUCUUGAGGAAGAAAUAGGCUUUGUGACUGAUUGAUGUACAUAAUCCAAUGCAAAUUGUUCUGAUCGCAUCAGUUGAUGUUCUCUUGAUUUAGAUUAUAGAA